AUGAUUUCCACAUCAAGAACGAACACCUCAGAUAACCACAGCCUGACUGAUGACGGCAUUGAUUCUGCUUUAUUUCACAGCACCGUCGGUAGAGUUUGUGUCCUGUGCCUGCUGGUACCGAUCCCCAUCUUCGCCAUCAUUGGGAAUCUCUUCAUUAUAGCAGCAUUUGCGCGUUUCCAAAGCCUCCGAACACCCACAAAUUAUUUCAUUGUUUCUCUAGCUGUAGCAGACUUACUGGUUGCUGUGCUUGUGAUGCCUUUCAGUUUGGUGCGCUCUGUUGACAGGUGGCACUUUGGGCAGUGUUUCUGCCGAGCACACCUCUUUCUGGAUGUCACGUUUUGUACAACGUCAAUUUUUAAUCUCACCUGUGUGGCGCUGGACAGGUACAUAGCAGUGUGUGACCCUCUACACUACCCCACCCGGAUGUCUCCCAGGCGUGUGGCCGUGAUGCUGCUGCUUUGCUGGAUUCUGCCCCUGGUCUUCUCCUCUUUGUGUGUGUCCUUUGGCAUGUACACUCAGUCUCCUCAUGCUGCGAUACGAAACAGCACAUUACCAGAAAAUCAGACCUGUCUGGCCACCUUUAAGGUCCCCUAUGCCUUUGCAACCUCUGCCAUCUCUUUCUUCAUCCCUGUCGGCAUCAUGCUGUUUGCAUAUGGAAAAAUCUUCAAGGCUGCACAGAGACAAGCAAGGUGGAUCCAUGCAAUUGAUCACCAUACGGGGCAGCUUCAGACUAACCACACCUCCAUGAGGACUGACUCUAGCGGACAAGUCCACGCUCAUGUGGACAGAUGCUCGCUGAAAAAGAAAGAGUGGAAGGCUGUGAAGGCGCUGGGUCUGAUCAUGGGGGUGAUCCUGUUCUGCUGGCUUCCUUUCUUCAGCGUGAACAUUAUCCACCCUCUGAAGGGCUACGGCCUCAGCCCGCUACUCCUGGAGGCCUCCAUGUGGCUCGGAUAUGCCAACUCCUCUCUGAAUCCUUUCCUUUACGGCUUAUUCAACAAGAACUAUAGCCAUGUCUUUGGAGCCAUGCUGGAUUGGGGGAUCUUGGGGCGACAGAUACGAGCAGGUUUGAAUUCCUCACCCUUUGGGAGACUAGCACAUACUGUGGUUACCCUGGAAACCAUUUCAAGAUGA